CCCGCGGCGCCCCGCGGCGGGAGGUAAGGGCGGCCGCCCCCGCGCCCCGCAGCCAUGCGGACCCCGCGGCCGCUGCCGGUGUCGCCGCCGCUUCUCCUCUUCGCCUUCCUCUUCGGCAUGGCAUUUGCUCAGCGGCACGUGGCGGUGCAGGAGGGACCCCUCUACCGCACAGAGGGCUCACACAUCACACUGUGGUGCAAGGUGAGCGGCUACCAGGGCCCAUCAGAGCAGACCUUCCAGUGGUCCAUCUACCUGCCUUCAGCCUCGGAACGGGAGGUGCAGAUCGUCAGCACCGCCGACCCCUCCUUUCCCUACGCCAUCUACACCCAGCGGGUGCGCGCCCAGGAGAUCUACGUGGAGCGGGUGCAGGGGGAUGCGGUACUGCUGCACAUCACGGAGCUGCAGGACCGAGAUGCUGGAGUGUACGAGUGCCACACGCCCAACACUGAUGAGAGGUACUUUGGGAGCUACAGUGCCAAGACAAACCUGACAGUGAUCCCCGACUCCCUACGAGUGACCGCAGUCCCACAGACACUGCACAGAGUGGAGCGUGACUCCCUGGAGCUGAAGUGUGAGGUGUCCAAGAGCACAGCCCAGCACAGCCACGUCUCCAUCUCCUGGUACCGGCAGCGGGGCGGAGAGGCACCCGUGGAGAUCAUCUCCCUCAGCCGGGACUUUGUCCUGCGGGCCGGGGGCACCUACGCCCAACGACACGCCACAGGGGAUGUGCGCUUGGACAAGGUGGGGGAAACCACUUCGAAGCUCACAAUCUACAACCUCCAUCCCUCAGACCAAGGCGAGUUUUACUGUGAAGCAGCUGAGUGGAUCCAGGACCCAGACAAGUCUUGGUACGCCAUGACCCGCAAGCGUUCUCAGGGCACCAUUGUCAACGUGCAAGCCACCGAUAAGGAGUUCAGCGUCAGGCUGGAGACAGAGAAGCGGAUGUACAUUGUGGGUGAGCCGGUGGAGUUUCGGUGCAUCCUGGAGGCACAGAACAUCCCUGACCGCUACUUCUCCAUCUCCUGGGCCUUCAACAGCUCUCUCAUUGCCAGUCUGGGGCCAAACGCUGUGCCGGUGCUUAACAACGAGUUUGCCCAGCGUGAGGCUCUGGGCCAGCUCAAGGUUGCCAAAGAAAGCGACAAUGUUUUUGUACUGAAGAUCUACCGCCUCCGCCUUGAGGACAGCGGCAAGUACAACUGCCGGGUAACUGAGCGGGAGAAGACUGUGACAGGGGACUUCAUUGACAAGGAGAGCAAACGGCCAAAGAACAUCCCCAUCACCGUCCUGCCUCUCAAGACCAGCAUCUCCUUGGAGAUUAUCAACAAUGCCAGCAGUGUCUUGGAAGGGGAAAGCCUGCGCUUUGGCUGCAAUGUGCGCUCAAAUGUGGGACCCCAAAGCCGCCUCUCCAUCGCCUGGCAGCUGGUGGACAAGCAGAACCGGCGAAGUGAAAUUGUGCGCCUGGAUCGAGACGGCACCCUGCAGCCUGGCCCCUUAUACGCCGAGCGCAGUAGCUAUGGCGGCAUCCAGAUGGAGCAGGUCCGGCCUGGCUCCUUCACCCUGGAGAUCUUCAACAGUGUCAGGGCAGACGAGGGCCACUACGAGUGCCGGGUGGCUGAGUGGACGCGGACACUGGAUGGGGAGUGGCAGAUAGCUGGGGAGCGACACGCUGGCACCCCAGUGACCAUCACUGCUCUUGAGGCUGGCUUUGCUGUCACAGCUAUUUCCCGCACCCCCGGGGUAACCUACAACGAGUCCUUUGACCUUCAGUGCAUCAUCAAACCACACUACCCAUCCUGGGUGCCGGUGUCAGUGACGUGGCGCUUCCAACCGGCAGGCAGCAGCGAGUUUCAUGACCUGGUCACCUUCACACGUGAUGGUGGGGUCCAGUGGGGUGACAGGUACCUGGGCUUCCGGACACGUACUGCUAUUGAGAAGGCUGAGUCUAGCAACAAUGUGCGCCUCAGCAUCAGCCGGGCUAGUGACACAGAGGCCGGCAAGUACCAGUGUGUGGCUGAGCUCUGGAGGAAGAACUACAACAGCAGCUGGACUCGGCUGGCAGACAGGACCUCCAACCUGCUGGAGAUCAGGGUCCUACGGCCAGUGACCAAGCUGCAGGUCAGCAAGUCGAAACGGAGCAUCACCCUGGUGGAGAACCGCCCCAUUCCACUCAACUGCUCGGUGAAAUCCCAGACCAGCCCCGACUCGCACUUUGCCGUGCUGUGGUACGUACACAAGCCCUCCGACGCCGAUGGCAAGCUCAUCCUGAAGACCACGCACAGCUCAGCCUUCGAGUACGGCACCUACGCUGAGGAGGAGGGGCUGCGGGGCAGGCUGCAGUUUGAGCGCUCAGCAUCAGGAGGGCUCUUCAGCCUGACGGUCCAGCGGGCUGAGGUCCGCGACAGCGGCAGCUACUACUGCCACGUGGAGGAGUGGCUGCUCAGCCCCAACCACGCCUGGUACAAGCUGGCAGAGGAGGUGUCAGGACGGACAGAGGUCACCGUCAAGCAGCCAGAUAACCGCCUGCACGUGAACCAAACCCACAAGAACAUCACGGUGCUGGAGAACCAGUGGGUGACGUUGGAGUGCCAGGUCAGCAGCCGGACCAGCCCCUCCUCACAGCUCCAGGUGGAAUGGUACGUCUGGAGGCCAGGCCACCCAGAGAAAGAAGCUGUGGCCCGGCUGAGCCGUCAGAGCACUCUGCGCUAUGGGGACCUGGCAACACAAGGGAAUCUGCGGGGCCGGCUCCAUCUGGAGAGCCCAUCACCAGGCCUCUACCUCCUCUCCAUCCAGAACGCCACUGUGCGGGAUAGUGGGGCCUAUGACUGCCGUGUGGAGGAGUGGCUGCUUGACCCCAGCGACCACUGGUAUAAGCGGGCAGAGGACCUCUCCGGACUCACCACCCUCAUUGUGAAGCAGCCAGAGCCCUCCUUGCAGGUGGACACGGCCACUGCCAACCUCACGGUGCAGGAGAAAGAGUCCUUUCAGCUGGACUGCAGCAUUCUGUCCCGCUCCAGCCCAGAGUCUCACUUUGCAGUGACGUGGUACAGCCUCCAAGCCAAAGAGGUGGGUGGCCGUGCUGAGGAGGAAGAGAAGGAAGAAGAGGAAGAAAAGGAGGUGGUCCUGAGUGUGGGCCUUGACGCCAUCUUCAGCUCUGGGACUGGUCGCUGGCAGGACCGCCUCUGCUUCCAGCGGCUCUCGGCAGUGCUCUUCCGCCUGACGGUGCUGCAGGCCAGUGGUGCUGACACGGGCAACUACUCGUGCCGUGUGGAGGAGUGGCUGGCAGACCCCAGUGGCGUGUGGUACCGGCUGGCUGAGGAGGAGUCGGGCACAGUUGCUGUUCACGUGCAGGAUACAGGUUCCACCCUGCAGUCUGUCAUCUGCUCCAAUGACGCCCUCUUCUACUUUGUCUUCUUUUACCCCUUCCCCAUCUUCGGCAUCUUGAUCAUCACCAUCCUCCUGGUGCGGUUCAAGAGCCGGAACUCCAGCAAGAAUUCAGAAGGCAAGAACGGGGUUCCCUUGCUGUGGAUUAAAGAGCCACACCUCAACUACUCACCCACUUGCUUAGAGCCGCCGGUGCUCAGCAUCCACCCAGGAACCAUAGAUUAAAGGGGCAGAGGCUCCCAGGGGGACAUGCAGAGAGAGAGAGAGAGGCAGAGGCACGCCAGGAGCCCUGAGGAAGAAUGGUUCUUGUUCUCGUUUCAGUUGUUUCAGCAUCUGUGCUCUGAUGCGGCGGCUGAGCUCUGUGGAGCGCACAGCUGGCGUGGAUGGGAAGGUCCAAGGCUUCUUCCAGCACCUGUGGGAACACACCCAGCCACCAAGACAGACCAGAGGUCUGUGUGUUUGCUGUACAUAGCGGAUAUUCCUCUCAUUAAUUUUUGAUCCCAUCAGUUGUUGUCCUUUGGGACGCUACUUUUUUGUCGUCAUUUCUGUUUAGUCUCCCAAAGAACUGUAGGCUUCCCCCUCUCUCCACAGAGCAAAGGGUUCCCAGGGUGCUUUUGGUCCUGGGACCACCUCUUUGGAGGUUAACGUGUCUGUUUACCAAAACAGACCUUGUUUUUCCUCCUGAUAUUCUGUGCCAUGGUGAAGAAGGUCUUUUUCCCAAGGUGUGCUGAGCCAGCUACUCCCUCUUCAACAGCAGAUAAAGCCAGGACCACGUCCUGAUGGGCAAGUUGGGGUAUUGGAAAGCCCAUCUCAAAACUGGCUGUAGCCUCAACAUCUUCAUGCCUCCAAAUUACUGCUCUCUCAGGAGGAGGCAGUUCACCUUUUGGGAGCAUUUCCUAGUAUUGGAGAACCUGAAUGCUCAGUGCACUCGCAAUCAGGACAAAAGCAGUUUUGUUUUUCUCCAGGCACUGAAUGAGAGGAUUGAAGGAAGAUACCUGAAAGCUCUGACUUUGUCGGUUGCCAAGAGAGUCUUCUUACAGUUUAGCAUAGCAGAGAUCGGCUUCUCCAUGUCUCCAUGCUGCCACCUCUGACAGCGCGGCUCCCCUCUGUGCCCUGCUUGCCUGGGGUGGAUGACUGGAUCCAGUCUCUGAAGGCUUCAACUUGACCAAAGUAAUGACUAAAGAAAGGGGGAAAGAGAAAAUACCAGAGGUUGGAUUUCCUGUCUCUGGGCAGCUCAGCCAAGGAGCCUAGUUAUAGCCACACAGUGAGGAUGUGCAGGUAACCUCAUGUCACCAGGGUUUCUAGAACCUUGCACUACUUCCCAGUGCGAGCUUGGACUGGAUAAGGAGCCUGCAACACAUCUACGCCUUGGGGGCUCCCAUGUCCCUCUGGGUUGAGAGAACUCUCCCAUGUGUGUGCCUGCGUGUAGGCCUUCUCCAGGGCUUUAGGAGGAGAAACCAUUUCACCAUAAGCCCUCUCUCCUGGCAAAGUCAUCUGCUCUUGUUGUGUAUAGCCUCUGUGACAGGAAAUGCUGUUCUUUCUGUGAAAGAUAUGGCUCUCCCAAAGCAAACCAGGGCUCUCUCCACAUGGGGCACCUAUGCUUGAGUACCCCAUACUGCCAAGUACCCCUGCUGUGUCCUGUGGAGGAAACCGCCUCCUCCCCUAUACACCCUAAGCAUUUUGUCUGGCGGAAGAAAAUGUUUGCCAAAAACGGCCUUUUGUUGUCUUCCUUGAUGUCUUCCUGGCAAAUCCAGCCAUUUCUUUUUUACAGCAUGGCUGAAGCCAACUGAGGCAAAUGGGUGCAACCACAAGACCCCCUCCCUGCCUUGUCUGAGAGAGGUGCCAUGCCUACAGCUGCCGUCCUCUUCAGGAGGGUCAGACAGCUCUUUGAGAAGAGAAGGGAACCUCAGCAGAUGCUCUGUAGCACUCAUGGGUUGAUCCCUGAUGCCUUGAUAUUUUGGAGGUGGCGAGGCCUCAGGUGGGAGAUCUGCACAGCACAUUCUCUAGAAGAUGAGCUACAAGAGGAGCUUGCAUCUUCCCAUGUGGAUGCAGACAGUCCCAUGCCAGCGAUGGGAGAGACCACCAGACAUUUGUUGUUGGCCACCUCUACUCCUCCACCCGAAUGGCAUUUGGUUCUUCUGCCGAGAAGCCCAAAUUUCACUCAUUCCUCUGCAAAGUCUCUCUCCUUGAGACAUAAUUGCUUACUGGCCCCAUAUGCAUAAUUAUGCAUAAUAUCACAGUUCUAUAUAUGUAUAUAUAUAUAUAUAUAUACACACACACACAUAUCACGCACCCACGCACUUGUCUUCCCUUUCUGGAUAAGAAGUCUACAAAGAGAGGAGUGGGAUGAAAAGUGAAUGGAACCGAAGAACCAUGACACGAUCAACAGCAGCUGCAGCCAGUGGGUAUUAUUUCAUAAAUGUAGUGUCUCUUGUACAUACUGCUUCAGGGCAGGAACUGCAAUUCAUUUCAGCUUUAAAAGGAAAAAGAGAAAGUCAGCAGGAGCUCUUCUUCCUUGGAGAUCAUGUGCUGCAUCUGAAUUGAGCCCCUCCUCCCAGCCUGCCGCCCCAGCAGCACUGCCCGGACCAUGGCUCUGGUGGAGGGCUCUCCCCUGGUCAUCUCCCCAUGGCCAAAAUUGGUCCCUCCCCAGCCCAGCAGCUCUUGCACCGAGCACAGGCUUUGCCAGGAAGCGGCACCUGUGAUGGUCCCAAGAAGGUACCUUGCCAGUGACGUUUCUUCGUUGUUCUGGCCGUGUGUUGCCCAUUCUCAAAUGUCUGUUUUUAUAGGCGAACUCUAAUGAGUUUCAACAUGACGCUUUUCAGACCACUCUCUCUGCUGUAACUUUCUGUUAUGAACCCAAAAUGAAAGAGAGAUAGCUUAUCCAUGCAUGAUGUCGGAAAAAAAUGUUUGGGAUUUUUUUUUUUUUUUUAAAAAGAACAAAACAAACUUUGUACUAUGUUGCACUAAAACAUGUUUUAUACAACACACCCGAGAACUGUAGUAAACUGUGUUGAAAUUGUGAUUCA